AUGAAGAACCAUACAAAACAGAUAGAGUUUAUUCUACUGGGACUGACAGACAAUUCUCAGCUACAGAUUGUAAUUUUCUUAUGUUUGCUUCUCAAUUACAUGUUAAGCAUGAUAGGGAACUUGACCAUUAUUGCCCUAACGCUACUGGAUUCCCAUCUCAAAACACCAAUGUAUUUCUUCCUCAGUAAUUUCUCUUUCCUGGAAAUCUCAUUCACAACUGUUUGCAUCCCCAGGUUUCUUUUCAGCAUUGUAACCAAGGACAAAACCAUUUCUUACCGUGGUUGUCUAUCUCAGCUGUUUUUUUAUAUAUUUUUGGGAGUCAUAGAAUUUUUCCUUCUGACUACUAUGUCCUAUGACCGCUACGUUGCCAUCUGCAAACCCUUGCACUACACAUCCAUCAUGAACAGCAGAGUUUGCCACAAACUUGUCCUCAGCUCUUGGGUGGCUGCAUUCCUGCUCAUUUUCCCCCCACUGAUUUGGUGUCUUCACCUGGAUUUCUGUGCAUCCAAUGUCAUGGACCAUUUCAUAUGUGACAUUUCUCCUGUCCUACAACUUUCUUGCUCAGAUACACAUUUAUUAGAAUUGCUUUCUUUUUUAUUAGCUCUGAUGAUAGUGAUCAUCACAUUGAUAUUAGUAGUCAUUUCUUACUCCUACAUCAUCAAGACAAUUCUACAGUUCCCUUCAGCUCAGCAAAAGAAAAAAGCCUUUUCCACCUGCGCUUCUCACAUGAUUGUUGUCUCCAUCACUUAUGGCAGUUGUAUAUUCAUGUACAUAAAGCCCUCAGCCAAAGAAAGAGUUGACGUAAGUAAAGGAGUAGCCGUGCUCAACACUUCAGUCGCCCCGUUGUUGAACCCAUUCAUUUACACUCUGAGGAACCAGCAAGUGAAACAAGCAUUCAAGGCUGUAUUUAAAAGGAUAUUUUCUUCUUCAUACAAAUAA